UGUCCAUCUUCUUCACUCUCUUAAGCCAACCAACCAACCAACCAACCAAGCCUUAGCCUUCUCUUCAAUCAGUCAAUAUGAAGUUCAUCACCGCCGUCGCUGCCUUCGUCCUUGCUGCUGUCGCCAACGCCCAGACGCAGCCCACUUUCACCAACUGCGCUACUGGAGCCACCGACUUGGUUAUCAACUCCUUCUCCCUUUCUCCCUACCCUCUCUGUAUUGGUCAGAACGUCUGCGCCACCGGUAACGGUCAAUUGAGCGCCCCUGUUACCGCUGGUGCCAAGCUUAACAUCGUCGGCAAGUACUUGAACCGCAUCGUUUACACCGAUGCCCAUGACCUCUGCACCUUGCUCGGUAACCAGGGACACCCUUGCCCCGUUCCCGUCACCUUGACCUCCAUCACCGCCUGCGUCUUGGUCAAGACCACCGCCCCUGCUGGCAUCCCCGUCCAAUUGCAAAUUUCCGCCACCAACGGCAACGGUCACGUCUUGUUCUGCCAAUCUGCUAACGGCGUUCUUGCCCAGAACUGCUAAACAAGAGAAGCAGUAGGGAUAUACAAAAGGAUAAAACUCAAAGAAAAGAAAAAAAGAGAAAGAAAAAAAGAACAAAAAGGAGCAGGGAUCUUCUUUUUUUAUCUUUUUUUUUUGUCUGGAGCAGGAAUCUUUAACUUUUUCUCUUUUGUCUUCGUCUUUUGUGUAAUAUUCCC